AAGAAGAUACUUCCUUCUCGCCAUGGAAGUUGUCUGUUAGAUCUGUCAUUUGAGAUCAAGCGCGAAAGGGGAAAAUGGCGGAAGGAGAAGGAAAGAUGGCAACAGAAGAAAGCAGCAGUCCCGAUGCUACAAAAGCGGACGGUGGAAAGCUAGUAGGAGGAGGAGGAGGAGGAGGGGUGCUGGCGAAUUUGAUCCGAAACCAACAGAACAAGAACUUCUUCGAAUCUUUGUUUUCAAAAAAGAAAAGGGUUGAUGAUGAAUCAGUUUUGUUUAUUCCUAAGCCCAUAAGUUUUCUCUCUCCCAUUGCUAACUCGGUCGUCACUCGCUGUUCCAAGAUCCUUCAAAUCCAAACGGAAGAAUUACAACAACUAUUUAAGACUACACUACCCGAUAACUUCAAGCAACCUUCAAAUUAUGCCAGAAAUCUCUUGGAGUUCUGUUCAUACCAAGCACUUAAUGUGGUUACUGCUAAUCCAGAAUAUUUGGGUGACAAGGAUUUUCGUCGCUUUACUUACGACAUGAUGCUUGCAUGGGAGAACCCUAGUGCCGAGAUUGAUUCACUUAUCACGGAGGCUGCUGAUAAAAGUAGUAAUAAGGAAGUGGAAGGUGAAGAUGGAUGGUCACUAUUUUCUUCUAGUACCACAAGCAUGAGUGUUCAGGUUGAUGAAAAGCAGACUGUUGGUUCUGAAGCUUUUGCUCGCAUAGCUCCAGCAUGUGUUGUUAUUGCUGAUGUCAUCACUGCCCACAAUCUUUUUGAUGCGAUGACAAGUGCCUCUGAGCAUCGACUACACUUUCUUAUAUAUGACAAGUACUUACGAAUGCUUGAAAAGGUGAUCAAAGUAGUGAAGAAUGCAACUGGACUUCAAACUACAUCUAGCCUUCAACUUCUUAAGGAUGAGAUCAUCUUAGAGGUGGAUGGAACAGUUCCUACCCAGCCAGUGCUGCAACAUAUUGGAAUGUCAGCUUGGCCUGGGCGACUGACAUUGACAACUCAUGCCUUGUACUUUGAGUCUUUGGGAGUUGGAUUGUAUGAAAAAGCUACUAGAUACGAUUUGAAAACGGAGUUGAAACAGAUUAUAAGACCUGAAUUGACCGGCCCAUUGGGUGCCCGCGUUUUCGAUAAGGCUGUGAUGUACAAAUCAACAUCAACUUUAGAGCCUGUUUACAUGGAGUUUCCUGAAUUCAAAGGCAAUUCUCGAAGAGACUACUGGUUGGAUAUAUGUCUCGAGAUACUCUACGCACACAAAUUCAUUAGAAAGUACAAUCUGGAAGGAAUUCAACAAUCUGAAGCAAUAGCAAGAGCAAUCCUAGGAAUAUUUCGUUUUCGAGCAGUGAGAGAAGCUUUUCGUGUCUCAUCAUCAAAGUACAAAAGUUUAUUAUGCUUUAACCUUGCUGAAAGUCUCCCUGAGGGAGAUAAGAUACUUGAAACUCUAUCGAGACGAUUGGAACUAUUGAGCUCAACUACCAAUGAAAAAGCAUGCAUGAAACUGCCAGCAUCACUUUUAAGCCUGAGAAGAUUUAAGAUAAUAGUAAGCAAUGAACAACAACAAUAUGAAGGAGAUGAUCAAUGUAUAGAACCCAUUGGAGAUGUAUGUGUCGGUGAAGUCAAUCCAUUGGAAAUGGCAGUUAGACAGGGUAAAGAAAACAUUGGUAGGGAAGAGGCAGCACAAGCAACUGUGGAUCAGGUCAAAGUUGAAGGAAUUGAUAUGAAUUUGGCUGUGAUGAAGGAGUUGCUUUACCCACUUAUCGAAUCAUUUAACCGGGUGCAACAAUUAGCCACGUGGCGAGAUCCAUGGAAGUCGACUGUAUUUGCAGUGUUGGUCAGUUAUGGCAUUGUUAGGGGCUGGAUAAGGUAUGCUUUGCCGUUGUUAUUUGUUUUUGUAGCAGUUGUUAUGCUUGUGCGGAAAUAUGUACACAAAGAGAAACAAAUUGAGGCUCUCAAGAUCACAGUGCCUCCUAAUAAGAAUGCCGUUGAACAGCUCUUGAUAUUACAAGAAUCAAUUGCUCAAGUUGAGACUCAUAUUCAAACUGCUAAUGUCAUUUUACUCAAACUAAGGGCUCUCAUUUUUGCAGCACUUCCGCAGGCGACAGACAAGAUAUGUGCUGUGUUGGCUUUGAUGGCGGUUAUAUUGGUUUUGGUACCUUUCAAGUAUUUUGUGGUGAUGGGUUUCAUUGAGGCUUUCACACGGGAAACUUCCAUGAGGCAAGACAGUAUGGACAAAUGGCAGAGGAGGAUGAAAGAGUGGUGGUUUAGGAUACCUGCGGCUCCUGUUGAAUUGAUCAGACUCGAUGAUAAGAAAAGAAAGUGAGUUGUCAAACCUCAAAUCUUAUUCUUCAAAAAAAAACAUAAAUGGUUUGAGCAAAUUCAAACCAUUUAUUGUUCUUCUUUCCUUAAGUUGUCUUACAAUAGGUAAGUAGAUUUACAUCAUGUUGUAAUGGCAAGUAAAAAUUGUUUUCCUUGUUAGUUAGCUGCUACUAACUUUAUUUGGAAUUCAACUAUUUUUGUCGUGUUGAGAAACAGUCAUGGGUACUUAAUUCUUUAUUUUGCCUCGAUUCUCAAAUGAUAAAAUUGUAUUUGUAAUUUAUGAGUCUAUUUAGAAAUCUGAUAUUUUGUCAAA